UUGAGUUACAGAAGCAUUUCAAAGUUUUCAAAAAUGGCGACACAGUAUUUUGCAGCUCCGUGUUUGCAGAAGAGCUCAACCUCCAAGCAUCAAAUACUUUCUCGCUCUGGUUUACCACUGUCUAGGGUUAGUAGCCGCACAACGAAUCACCACCCACUGUCGUUUUCUUCGUCUUCGGAAAGCUUCAGAUUUCUCGAUUUAGGUUUAAAACCACACGAAAUUGUCUCCCGCAAAAAUGGAUCGUAUUCGUAUGGUGUCAAAAUGUCAUGGGAUGGUCCUCUCACUUCUGUCAAAUUCAUUCUCCAAAGCAAAAGUUUACAGUUGACUCCGGCGGUGAAGAGCUAUGUGGAAGACAAGUUGGGUAAGGCAGUUCAAAAGCACAGCCAUUUGGUAAGGGAAGUUGAUGUUACAUUGUCUGCUCGUGGUGGAGAGUUUGGCAAAGGCCAGAAACUACGAAGAUGCGAGGUGACUGUGUUCACAAAGAAACACGGAGUAGUACGUGCGGAAGAGGACACGGAUUCGCUCUAUGGUAGUGUAGAUUUGGCUUCGUCUAUUGUACUAAGAAAGCUGAGAAAGAUUAAGGAGAAAGAUUCCGACCAUGGCCGCCAUAUGAAGGGCUUUAACCGCCUGAAAUUUAAAGACCCCUUUGCACUGAAAGUUGAAAGGGACGACAACAAAGACGAAGUUCGUAAUGAAGGAGAUGAAAAUGAAGACAACGUUAAUCAGAUUGUUAGGACAAAGUACUUUGAUAUGCCCCCUUUAUCUGUUGCCGAAGCAAUUGAGAUGCUGGAGAAUGUGGAUCACGACUUCUAUGGCUUUAGGAAUGAGGAAACUGGUGAGAUUAACAUUGUUUACGCGAGAAAUUCUGGGGGCUAUGGACUUAUUAUUCCUAAAGAAAAUGGCGAAACAGAGGAAGUGGAGAACUCUGUUGUUCUUGGUUCUGCUACUAACUAAAUUCGGUGAAGAUGGGAUCUCUUUUUGUAGCUUAUGGAGUAGCAGUGUUUUGAAAAACUACGCGUAAAAACAGAAAAUUAUCUUACAGCUCGUGAGUACAUUUGUAGAAAGUGUUUUGUAAAGUGAGAAAAAAAAAACUCUCGUAUGAGCAGGAAUGUGAUGCAGAAAGACUAGGAAUCUGUAGGAGACUGUGUUCUCAAAACCGCCAUAUAUUUUGUUACAUGGCGUUAUUCGGAAAAUCGCUUUCUUCCUCUCGUUACUAUGCUGCUACUAGUUAUGUAAUUCUCAUAUAUAUU